AUGGACGGUGUCCUACUGCUGGUGGCCUGGCUGGUGGGGGGUGUUCACCAGAUGAUGUGCAAGGGGGAUGUGGUGGGGAGGGGCGAGGAGGGGUGGAGGCGAGGGGAGUGGGGUGAGAAUCGGGGUGGGAGUGGGGGGGUGGUUGGGGAGGAGCGGGGCGGGAGAGGGGAAGGGCAUCUCAUUGCCCCAAACUUCGUCGUCAACACGUUCGCCCUCAUUGACCCCAGUGGUGCCCCCAUCCUGCGCUACAACAAGUCGCACCUCUUUCCCUCUGUGGAGGCCAACGUGCAACCCGGUCCCGGGACUCUCCCUGUGGUGGACAUACCUCUGGGGAGGCUGUCUGUGGCCGUCUGGUUUGACAUGCAGUUCCCUGCGCUGAUCUGCCAGGGGGGCAGACAACAAGUGGACAUUCUGCUGCAGCCCAGCUGGACGUGGGGCACCGUAGCUGUGCCACAGCCAUGGCAAACAGUCCUUCCUUUGCUGAUCCGUCUCCCCCAUUUCCCCUCCACCCUCGCCAUCCUCAGAGUGGACAUUCUACUGCAGCCCAGCUGGACGUGGGGCGCCAUAGGCCACAUGACAUUCGAGACGGAUGCAGUGAGGGCAGCAGAGAACGGGCUCACACUGCUGCGCUGCUCCUCCAUUGGGGUCUCGGGCGGCGUCUCCCCGUACUACCGCACCCUUGCUGCACGGUGCGUGUUGCUGGUACUGUGGACAUGA